AUGAUCCAAGAGAUCCAAAACUAGUUAAUCGUGCUAUCCUUACCUUAUAACCAAUAAGCCAAUCAAGCUAUCCUUACCUUUCGACAAACCCCCUCGAUUAUGUUUCUACAGCAGUAUAUAAUCUCGGACCUGAUGGACUCCUACUGAAAAAUGGGUUUUCCAACUAUGAUUGUAAGAAUCCGUGAAAUAAUGUUCUUUCUCCUUUUUGUCUUCUUUCUUGAUGGAGCUAUGUUUGGGAAAGCUUAGCUUUCUAUUCUGUUGCAAAAGGGGGACGCUUUCUUCCCCCAAAUGUCAGUUCCGCCAUUAGGGCCUAACAAGAAGCAUAAUUCUAUUCCAAACAUUCAUUUCAGUCCAACGAUAUUAGUCUAUAGUUCGGAGCGCGUGUUCCAUUCGACACAAAUUGUCUCCAUCCCUAGUAUAGCGGAGGUCUUACUUGUAUUGCAAUAA